CGUGUCUUUUCGCCUGCAUCGUUGCGGGUUAUUUCGUUUUAGUUUGAUUGGGAAUGAACGAUCUUUCUUGAUAAGUCCUUAUUAAGAGAUUGGGCAACAGUUACAGUAUGUGUUUGUACAUUGUUUAGAUCAAAUGUCGAGCAACUGAACGGAUAGCCACACGAAGAGGACGUACCGCAUGCGGAGAUGGCGAUGGUGUGUCUGAACGACUUCGAGCAGUAUGCCAGGCUGCACCUGCCCAAGGCCACCUGGGACUACUACGCUGCUGGGGCCGACGAUGGUUGCACCAGAGACGACAACCUGCAGGCCUACAGGAGGAUCCGACUCAGGCCACGGAUGUUGCGUGAUGUGUCCGUGUGCGACACACGGACCACUGUGUUGGGAACAGAGAUCAGCUUCCCGGUGGGUAUCGCACCCACGGCGUUCCACUGUCUGGCCUGGCAUGAGGGAGAACUGGCCACUGCCCGGGCCACAGAGUCGUUGAACACCUGUUACAUCACCAGCACAUCCUCCACCUGCUCCGUCGAGGAGAUCUGUGCAGCGGCUCCCCAUGGUUACCGCUGGUUCCAGCUCUACGUGUACCGCCACCGCGGCAUCUCCGAGCAGCUGGUACGCAGGGUAGAGGCGCUGGGCUACAAGGCCCUGGUGUUCACCGUAGAUGUGCCAUACACGGGCAAACGCCGCGACGACAUCCGCAACCGGUUUAAGCUUCCUGCACACCUGAAGGUCAAGAACUUUGAGGGCACCUUUCAGGACACUACAGGUCCUGAAGAGUACGGCGUUCCCGCCAACACCAUGGACCCGUCUCUCAGCUGGAAGGACGUGCACUGGCUGCAGUCUGUCACGUGCCUGCCCAUUAUAAUCAAAGGCAUCCUGACCAAAGAGGACGCUGAGCUGGCAGUUGAGCAUGGUGUCCAGGGACUGAUCGUGUCAAAUCACGGGGGCCGGCAGCUGGAUGGGGGGCCGGCCACGAUAGACUGCCUGUCCGAGAUAGUGGACACAGUGAAAGGGCGCAUCGAGGUGUACAUGGAUGGGGGCGUCCGCACAGGCACUGACGUGCUCAAGGCUUUGGCCUUGGGAGCCAAAUGUGUUUUUAUUGGCCGACCGGCAGUCUGGGGCCUUGCUUACAAGGGGGAGCAGGGUGUGAGGGAAGUCCUGCAGAUCCUACACCAGGAGUUCCAUCUGGCCAUGGCCUUGUCAGGCUGCAGAAACGUGGCUGAGAUUAACAGGAACCUCGUUCAGUUCUCCAAGCUCUGACACCAACAGCAGCAAGCGUGCCUGGAAUAAGGAGAACGUUUCCUCCUGCACACACUGUCUCCACUCCUGGACGCUCACUCAUUGACCUGUUAGACACAGAUCCAACUCAACCAUCGCAAAUCAGUGACUGUGUUUUUCUAUAUAUUAGUCUAUAUAUUUAUUCUGUAUAUUAUUCUCACAAAUAAAAUACAGAUAUGGGCACUCAGAAAUAAAGAAAAACACUAAAUAUGUAUUCCAAAUGAUUUUGAAUGAAGUGUUUAUUAUACAUGCUUUUAGAUAUUAAUAUAAUGUUUAAUAUACAUUCUAUUAGAGUUCUAUAAAAAUGGAAACUUGACAGAAAAAUCACGUUUUUACGGUUCUUCGAGGGAAGACGCUGGUGAUGUUAGCGGCAGGGACAGCAGCAGAACGGAGGGUGUGUGCCGCAGGCCACGGGGCCGCGUUUGUAUCUGACAGUUGGGUUAUUUUUAGCAGUUUAAUCUUUUAGUUGCGCGGUGUGUUGGAAUUUGAAGGAGAGGUUUGUGUGGUGGGGAAAAACUACUGUGCCAGUAUUCAAAACAGCCUGGAAUUCAUUAUCUGAAAGAAAAUGAUGUUGAUUUUAGAUCAAUAAACUCUUUAUUGUAAAACA